AUGCGGAUGGAGCUCAAUAGUGAAUGGGUUAAACUUGAGGGCAUACUUGUCGCAAAAUUCAAGCUGCUUCGAGAAUCUGGAAUUUUCAAGUUGAAGGGCUUGAUAUCUUAUCUGACGGUUAAUAGAUUCCCUUCUGCGACGCGGCAUAGUAUCGACCAUCAAGCGGAAGAAUUUGAGGAUCGGACUAUUGCAUUAAAGACACGUUUGAAAUUGAAGAUUCGGUCAAUUCCGGCAAAAGCUACCGAGAUCAAUGAAGCAUCUUACAUUUUCCAGGUAAUGAUGUCUGUGUACCAAGCUGUUUCCUCAGACAAAAAACCCAUCGGGGAGCUGCAUAGACACGAUGAAGUUCAGAGAUGA